ACUUAGCUCAGUUCAGCCUCAGCCGUUCGCGGAAGGGCACGUCGCGUCGCCUGAGCUUCUGUGUCGUAUUUCGCGCCGCGAGCUUUCUAUCGUGCCGGCUUUUGACUUUCCCUCGGGUCAAUCAUGCCCGGGUGCGGUUUGCUCCCACGCGCCGAUUUCAACUAACCCUCAGUGGAUAUUUACCGAUGAUUCUGCGUCAGUCUUGUGCGUAGUGUUUUACCCUCGCCAAUGAAAUAAAGGUUACAGCGCCGGUUUUCUUCGGAAGUUCUCUGCGACCUAUCCGAAACAUGACGAAGUUUCCGUGUGGAAAGAGGGUGACAAUAUAGCAAAUGCUGGAAUUCAAAGAUGCUCAAUGUUGUGUUUUUACGCUUCAUAUUUGUCAAGUUGCAUCACGCCAAACUUAAUGAAGGAAGGUUUUUGUGAGUGUCUGCGUGCGUGCGAUAACCUCAGAUGAGAUUAAAGUGUCACAAAUUUUUCUGCCAAUCUACGCCUUUCUGACGCUCCCCAAAUAAGACGAAUAAUUUUCUGAGGAUACUCUAAGUUAAAAAUAUAACACAUAUUGUAAUUUGAUGCUCAAUCUAGUACCCCAUUCCUCCUACGCCCCUCUAUCGCAUCCUUUGCAGUUUUUUAAGUGUUUGCUAGCCGUACUUUCAGCGGUGUGACUAGUGCUUAUUCCGUUAGGGUUUACGUGAAGCGUCAAUUUCUCCUCUCAGGAUAUAUUAAUGGUUCGUAUUUUAAAAAGAUUUACGGUUAUAUACAUCAGUUGAGUCUUCUUCAUUAUUUGGUACAACGUAGUCAUCGCGAAAGGAUUAACUGUGCCGAAAUUAAUAGAAUGUUGUUCUCAUUGUUGCCUCUUGUGUUAACAUUUUCACGAGGAAAGCAACUAGAUGUAUAAUAGAAACUAUUGCACAUUAUCCUAAGUGAUAUCGUAAUUAAGUGAACCUCGUAUCGUAAUUUUUGUGACCAUCUUCGAGCUCCGAUGGCUUCAACUUUGGUGUUUUGGUCACUCUCCUAUACCAACUCAAGUUCGUCCUCUAAUGACGUAGUGUUGUGAGUGCGGUUCCUUAGAUUUCUGGAAAGUAUCACGUGCUUUUUAGCCGAUGCUAAUUUUAGGAGAACUAUAACAAAUUGGAAGCUCAAAAUGGAAUUUAAUCAGCAGUAUCAUGCAUCUCUUUGCCUCGUUUUUUUGGCAACUCUUAUCGGUUUCGUGAUGAGCUUGCGAGUAACGCGGUUGGAGGUGCCGCGACAUACGGACGCCCACCGGACGGCGACGCUGGUCUGCGAGUUCAACCUCGGCGGAGGGAAGCUCUAUUCACUCAAGUGGUACAAGGACGAAAAUGAGUUCUACCGAUACACACCUAAUGAAGAGCCCCAGAAGCAGUUUUUCCCCCAGGAUGGUCUCAUCCUCAAUCUCAAUGCGUCCGACAUGAACAAAGUAACCUUGGACGACCUCACAUUCGCAAGCAGCGGCUCCUACCAAUGUGAAGUCUCCACGGAAGGACCUAAUUUUGAAACGUCCUCGAAAAGUGCCAACAUGACCGUUGUCGUGUACCCAACGGGAGAUCCCCGGAUCGAGGGCCUCGCCUCCCCCUACAAGUCUGACGAGUACGUGACCGGAAACUGCACGGCCCUCCCCUCCAACCCGCCGCCGAUAAUCGACUGGUACAUUAACGGCAACAAGGUGGAGGACAGUCACAUGAUCGAGCGGUACCCGAUGGUGAAAAGCGAGGGGCCUCUCUACUCGUACUCGCUGGGACUGCGGAUGAUCCCGCAGAACAAGUUGUCGCAGCGCUCCUACGAACAAGAUGGCGUGAUCGAGUUCAGGUGCAGUGUCACCCUCUCCGGUCUCCCGCCCAACGAGAAGAAGUGGGACACCCUCAAGAAGAUUUACUCCGAAAGUCAUAAGGAGCUAGGAAAUCAAGAACGACUUAGUAAUAGCUUAGGAAGACAAUUCGAGACCAGCUCCUACCUGCUGAUCAUUCUCUGUUGGAAAUGUCUAUCUCUCAUCUGACCUCAACUUCAACCGUAAUUCACUAAAUGCCGUCGAUUAGCUGAUGAUAUAUGUUAAUGAUACAGAAUAUUUUAUAAUUUUUAUUGUUAAUACUUUUCAAACUGAAUUUUUUUCUUUCGAAUUUAUAUGGAAGGUUACUUUUCUCUCUCACUCGAUGGUUCCUAAUUUUUAAGCGAAAUCUCAAAAACCACUGUAAACUGCGGUCUAAUUAAUUGGCCUUGGUCUUCGGUGAAUUUUGAUUUCCAAGGUCGACCAAUUGCCGCAGCCCUCAUUUUUUAGGAAGUAUUUUUUUCUAUUGAAUAUGCACUUAUUUGCAGUUUGACAGAAUGCUCAAUUACGUAGGAGAGGUUUACAAUUUAUUUCAAAGUAUUUUCCGAACAUUCCGUAAAAAGUACCUCGAUUCUUUUAUUAUUUCUAAUCUCAAUGUUUAUAUUAGGUGUACAAAGAUAAGGCUGAAGGACGGGUACGAUUAUUUGCGCUAGAGGUCUAUGGAAACUCCAUAAAUUCCGGAAUCAAUGACGAAAGAGUCAACAUUCCAAUAUUCCCCUCAUCAUUCCACGCAAGUGACACGCUGACGCAGAAAAUAGGACGCAUGCCUAGACUGGUGCUCACUAAAAAAUAGUCGGCAACUUUUCUCAUAGUUAUCGAUCACUUAGAAUUCCCGGUAACAUCCCUCCCUCUAAUUUUCACCGUGGUAGCACCUAUUUUUUAUUUAUUCUUUUAUUGUUUUUCACUGAAUAGUGCCAAAAAAGAGGUCUAGGGGCAAAGCUGAUGAGUUGGCACACGCGCGCUGUCAAAGUAUCGGAAAGACGAUAAUAGGUAUUACCAUUUAAUGUCAGCGAUUGUUCUCUUGUAGAAAAGUUGUAAUCACGACUUUUCUCAGUGUAAGAUAAUGAAAAUUAUGAAUUUUGUCGGCACUUAAAAACUGAGCAGGACUUAAGUGCUAUCAGGACUUGUCUCAAGUAUACUGAAGUACAGGUUAACUUCUUUACAAAAAUCAUAUCGAAUAAUAUAAAUCACUAUGAAUCAGAGCAGAAUUCAGGAAUUUUCGUUGUUGUGGUUGGCAUCGUAUUGAUCGAUCAUAACUUCAAAAUCGCUCUGAUGAAAAGAGAACUCAUCUCAAAUAUAGUAAUUAUGAACCAAAGAAGAUAAACCAGAGCUAAAGUCGUUGCCACGAUUUUACAAAUGUGAAUGUAUCAUCAAGUCAUCCUAACCCACACGAAAAUGGUCAUAGUGCGUAUAAGCCUUAUGUGUACCCGUGUGAAUCAAAGCGCAGGAACUGUUUUACUCUGGUGUUUAAUUUCAUCUUAAAGCUAAUGACCGUGUCAGUACCAAGAAUUUGUCAUUGUUGAUGACAUGUUGUUCAUGAAAUAAUUUUUCACUAUCAAAUUUUUGCAAUUUUAAUUUUUUUUCCCACAUUUUUGAACGGCAGGAUAAAAUAUUAAUUUGAACUAAUUAUGAAUGUAUUUUAAGAGUAUCUUUUCCUUUAAAAAUUAGAAGGACAGAAAUCCUGAAAUUCUUCUGGAAUUGCUCCUAAAAUUUUUCUGGAAUUGCGCCUGAAAUUCUUCUGGAAUUGCUCCUGAAAUUCCUCUGGAAUUUCUCCUGAAAUUCUUCUGGAAUUGUUCCUGAAAUUCUUCUGGCAUUUCAAAGCCGGAAAAUUUAAUAUCUCGCACACCAUGGCAACUCUGCGAAACGCUCCGAACACGAUGAUAAACACAGACGCAUCAAUCGGGCGCUCUUUCGAAAUAUAAAUGCAUGUAUAAAAAAAUGGAAAAAGACGAAGGAAAAUAAACAAUUUGAGAGACCUCACUUAUCAUUCCGUUUAUUCUGGAGAGCGGGGCUCCUUAUUUUAAUAAUUAUAUUUCACGGGGAACGGGAAUUCCGCGUCGGCGUCGGAUAAGUAGCUCUCGUAUCCCGACUCGUUUUAAAGGAGAGCAAACAUUAAUUACUCGAGGGAGGCAACGCUGGGCAUCGGCGGGAAAAGGGUGGAAGGAAACCACAUAAGAGGUGGAGGAGGAAUCUUGCCAUGAAAACGAAACCAGACUCGUUAUUGCUCAGUGCAAAUAAAAAGAGCUCCUCGGGAAAGGGACGAAAUUGGCCGCUCCACUCUCCGCUCCGUGUUUUAAAUUCGGUGCAAUAAAAAGAUGCGGGACCGGAAGGCGGGGCGGUGAGGGGAGGGGUGGAGGUAUCAACGGAUCCGCCAUCCCUUCCGUCUCGCGCCUGCGAUAUCUGCGAGUUAACAACGGGAUCCUAGAGUUCGCGCCGGGCUAGGCUCCCCGCUAAAGUGUUGUAAAGGACGACGCAGAGGUUCGAUACCGAGGAAAAAUAUCCUCGACGAAACAGGGACGUUACUUACGUUAUGUUUUUGUGUAUUGCGGGUUGCUUAACUUGUGUUUUGCGGGUCGUUUAACUUAUGUAUUGCGGGUUGUUUAACUUGUGCAUUGCGGGUUGCUUGACUUGUGUAUUGCAUACUUGCAAUACGGGUUGUUUGAUGUGUGCACACCUGCUUUUAGUACUUUUGUAUCAGGCUCCCCGCAAAAGUGCAGUGAAGAACAACGGAGAAAGGAUUGAGGUUCAAUCCUGAGAAAUAAUGUCCUUGACUUAAAAUACCUGUAAUACUCAAGUGUAUUGCGGGUUUUUAGAUGUGUGUAAACAUGCUCGCACGACGAUUGUAGAGAAAAAAUGUAAAUUAAAAAUCGUUAGACUUGUCAGCGAAUAAAAUACAGAAACAACUCCUUGAUAACCGAUGAUAUUAGUUCUUCUCAUAAGAAGUAAAUGAUCAGCAGUCCAUUUUUGAAAUGAAUCUUCCCAACUUCGAUGUCAUACUUAUCAAUACUAACGCUGCUACACAUCGGUAUGUGUAGUUUAUGGACCAGUUUCUUUCAUUCAUCACUAAAUUAUGAUUAUGACUAUCUCUUAAAAACACAGACUGUGUAACAUCAGUGGAAGAUCUUGUCUCUACAUAGUUUAGAAUCGCCUUGAAGAAGCACCCUAACGUUUCACUCACCUCGAGUCGAACUCCUUCUACGAGGGUGGUCUCAUUAAGUGGGAAGAAAAUUACGAGAAAUUACCGAGUGUAAUAAGUACGCUAAAACAAAGGAUGAAAGUGAACGCGAGGUGGCGUCGAGGCACACUCGAAUCAGUUGUUUUCAAAAGGGAAUACGUCCAUUUUUGCAUGAGCCUUGCCUUACAUAAAAGGACAUGCUAAGUAUGGCUCAUCGAUGAACGAACCCGUUCCCUUUUGAAAACAACUGAUUCAAUUAAGUUGCGUAAGUUCCCAGCUCGAUGGGCGGAAAUUAAUCAGGCGCCGAAGACUGAUCGACGAUUCACGAAAAGCGCUAAUUUUUGGCUGCGGGUGCUCUCGGAGUUUUAAUCAAGUCACAUCGGGGAGGCGCCAACGAUUGAAAACCGCGCGGAUCUCUCGAGGUUCACGGGGGAGUUGCGUUGUUCUUGCGGAGGGAGCUGAGCGCAGAACAGGUAAACAAAACUAAUUUCGCCCUCCGUGCUCUCUUUCAGAGCGGCGAUUAAAAGGGAGCGGUGAGGUGCUACCUGGAGGAGCCAAUCGGAAAAGCUGCGAUUGCACGUUAACAAGUCCUCGACUACGUGACCUUGCGUGUUGGGGUUCCUGGUGAUCGCAACGCUGAAGGAACAACACGUCGGUGGGGGUCGAAAAACGCGUAUCCAGUGGCGAGGCAGUCAAGUUUGGCAACCCUGAUUUUAUCUCUGUCUCAAGUCCUCAUAAAUAUCGAUUCCUAGUUAGGAUACUUUACCUAACAUUUUUGAGGUUCUCGGAAACUGAAUGGUGAAGUCGGAUGAGUUGUUUGACUUUUCAAACGAAGGAAGAAUAAUGCUCCUAAUUAGCUGGAAUCGCCACUGCUCGUAAGAGAGUAAAAUUUUCAUCACAAUGAAUUUAUUUUCCCCCGCGGGAGACUGGUUUUUCUUCGUCUUUUUACAUUUAUUUUCAAAAUUGUGACGAAACAUUCAAACGCAAGAUGAAAAGUAAUAUUUCUAAAUAGAGAUUCCGGUCUUCGUGAAUAGUGAUGGAUACUAAAAUGAUCAAAGUUUGUUUGGAUUUCAAAAAUAUUUAUCAUCAUUAGAUUGACUGUUGAAAAAUGUAGCAUAUUUUGACGGAUUUUUACCAAAAUGUGUUUAAAUCGGAAUAGCAGAUUAAAAUUUGAUCAACAUUUAUUCAAAUUUUUGUAAGAAUUGGAUGGAAAUCUCAUUAUUUUGGUUUCCUUUUCUCUGGUAUCCCCGAUGUAGGCUCUGAUAGAACCCACUUCUUUUUGUCUCUCUAUUCAUAAAUUCAUUGAGUGUGGAAGACAAAAUUUAAAACAUCCAAUCACUAAAGAAAUUAUUUAUCCCAGAAACACAUCAAUAAUAUUCGUUCAGAUGACUAUACGAAAUGCUUUAUAACCGAAGGAAUAGGACAUUUCAAUGUAUCGCACUCUCGCAAGCAUGCAUGAUUCAAAAAUGCGUGAGAUAAUCUAUCAAUAGUGAUUGAAAUAUUGGAUUUCAUCACUUCAAAUGAGAAAAAUUGUAAGUUACUACGUUUAGUCUAUGCCAUGGAGCUUAGUUUUUUUGCAACAUUUGUAAAGAGUACCUAUUCAUAAUUUUGAUGUAAUGUACCUACUAUGUACAUUUUGCACGUCUAAAACUAAGGUUUUGUAAAUACACGCUGUUCAAGUUUAAA